CAGCGGGUCUUCAGGCUGGAGGGCUCCGGUGAACCGACCGGACCGAGACCACAACCGCAUCCAGACUGAUAAACAUGCAGCCGCGUCAACAUGGAGGCCGAGAGGCGCCAAAACGGCAGCACACUGUCAGGGAUGAGAGACGCAGCUCCAGGAGGAUUCCUGGUGCUGCCGUGGCCCGGCGGUGGCGGCAGCUCGGACCCGGAGCUGGGGCCGGAGGAGGAGGGCCGGGGGGGUCUCCUGCUGAGAGCUGGAGCUCUGCUGGGAGUCGCUCUGAUCUGUCUGUCAAUGUUAAGGAAGUGGAUUGCAGGUGGAGUGUGUCGCUGUUCUGUUCGUCUGGACGGGAAGACGGCUCUGAUCACCGGAGCAAACACCGGCAUCGGCAAAGAGACGAGCAGAGACCUGGCACGCAGAGGGGCCCGGGUGGUGAUGGCGUGCAGGGACCUGACCCGGGCGGAGCAGGCUGCGGAGGAGAUCCGGCAGUCAACAGGAAAUGGUAACGUGGUGAUCAGGCACCUGGACCUGGCCUCCAUUUACUCUGUCAGACAAUUUGCCAAAGACUUCCUGGACAGUGAAGACAGACUGGACAUCCUUAUCAACAAUGCAGGAGUGAUGAUGUGCCCAAGAUGGCUGACGGAGGACGGCUUUGAGACUCAGCUGGCUGUCAAUCAUCUGGGUCACUUCCUGCUGACCAACCUGCUGCUGCCGAAGCUGAAGAGCUCCUCCCCCAGCCGAGUCGUCACCGUGUCAUCCAUCGCCCACCGCGGGGGACGGAUCGUCCUGGAUGACCUGUUCUUCAGCAGGAGGUCAUAUAGUUCUCUGGAGAGCUACAGGCAAAGCAAACUGGCCAACGUCCUGUUCUCCAGAGAACUUGCCCGACGACUCAGAGGCUCCGGCGUGUCAGCGUUCUGUCUCCACCCGGGUGUGAUCCGGACUGAGUUGGGUCGUCAUGUUCAGGGCUGGUUCCCCUUGAUGGGGGCGCUGCUGAGCCUCCCCUCUCUGCUGCUGAUGAAGACUCCUACUCAGGGCAGUCAGACGACGCUGUAUUGCGCCCUGACGCCGGGCCUGGAGGAACGAUCAGGGCGGUACUUCAGCGACUGUGCUGAGAAGGAGGCGGCCCCAGAGGGGCGGGAUGACGAGGUGGCGAGGCGGUUGUGGGAGGAGAGCGCCCGAUUGGUCGGACUAAAGGAUGCUGACCUCUGACCUCAGCCCUGAUGUCUGUGUGAUGCAGGAACAGGAAGUGAAGUCCAGUCCACAGGCUGUAGCGCCCCAUCAUGUCAAACAGGGUGAUUGACAGCUGACAGGAGCCAAUCAGAGUUCAGAUUGGAUGAAAAAAACAGUAGGAUAAUAAUGAAUAAUCAUUUAGUUUUUCAGCUAGAGCUGUGAAGUUUGUAAAACGGGACUGAUAAAAAAUAAACCAGGUGCUCGUUUGAACAACACUGUUCCCUGAUUGGACGCUGUUUCAGUGUUGAUUUUUGACCCGCAGUGAUGUCACACCUGUUGUUAGUCGGUUUGGUUGGCAGUUUCCUCCAGAGAAAACGUCAACAUGUUCCUUUAAUGUUCCCUUCAUGUUCUCUGAAAGUUCUUCACCAAUGUUCCCUUAAUGUUCCAUUUAUGUUUAUUUUUAGUUUCCUUUGUGUUUCCUUAAUGAUUCUAUAAGGAGGUUCAUUCUGUCUCUUGGUGGUUGAUAAUUGUCUUCAGCUGUGUGUUUGUUGUGUGUUUGCUGUGUGUUUGUUGUAUGUUUGCUGUGUGUUUGUUGUAUGUUUGUUGUGUGUUUGCUGUAUGUUUGCUGUGUGUUUGUUGUGUGUUUGCUGUAUGUUGAUGGAUGAACGACAUUAGGUUGUUUUGUUCUCAGGUAAUCAGAUAACAGUUAAUCAAAGGUUAGUUCUGCUUUAAUUAAACAAAGUGUGACGUGUUUGUACCGUGUUGGAGAUUAUAUUUUAUUUUCUGAAUAAAAGUUUUGAUUUAUGUUUCA